AUGAAACUUUCCAAGUUUUUUUGCAUAGUUGCGAGCAGCUUCGGGCAGAUCCUCCCGGGCUCACAGACCAUCAGUGAUGCUUUUGGUGCUGUACCAGAUGCUCUCGGUUCGGUCAACACCGACAACUUUUUCGACGUUGCGAACGAUGCCCUUGGCUCGAUCAACACUGACAACUUUUUCGACGUUGGGAACGAUGCUCUUGACUCCUUGGAUGGAAUCGACUUGGAUGGCACAUUUGAUGAUGCGCUUAAUCUGGCUCAAGAAACUAUUGUUGAAAACGGAGCAGAAGCUGCCGCUGCUGCUGAUGCACUCACUGAUACUGCUGCGAACGAUGCUCCUGUUGACACCUUGGAAGAAACCAACUUGGAAGACGUCAUUAACGAUGCGGUCGAUCUGGCUGACGAAGCUGCUGGAGAAAGUGGAUCAAAAGCUGUUGCUUUCUCAGCUGCAAUCACUUCACUUCUAUUUCUCUUUCAAUAA